AUGGCCGCGGCCUCGGCCUCCACCGCGCUGCCGCCGGGCGAUACGCCCGCCCCGACCUCGUCCGCCCCCCGGCAAGCCGCCUCCGGACCCGCUCCCGUCCGCGGCGCGCCCCCGCCCGCGCUGCCGCGUCCGCGAGGUGAGCUCGCGCUACCUCGUCCACCUCGUCGCCCCACUCCGCCUCGUCGCCUCUCCACCUCGCCGCUUCCCGCCCAGGCCCGUCGCCUCUCCACCUCGUCGCCCCACUCCGCGUUCGUGCCGCCUCCCGCGCACGGCGCGCAGCACCACCACCACGAUGCACACGGCCCCGCCCCCUCCCCCUUCGUAUUCGGCCUUGUCGACGAGAACCGCCCGCCGCCCACGCUGGGCUCGCGCAAGCGCAAGCGCAAGCGCGGCGCGGCCCCGGACCUGUUCAACGCAAUGCACCGCCCGCUCCCGGGGCCGGAGGGCCUGAACACGCCCUAUCGUCUCGCCGCUGGUGCCUCCCGCGCCACCGUCACUCCCAGCACAAGGAGGAUCCUCCGCCCGUCGAAAACCUCUGCUAACGUGGCCGCGGCGGCGCUCCAGGACCGCAGGGGCUGCGCACGGCCGUCGAUGCCAGCGCGCCAACUUCAGCUUCCGCGGCGCCUCGCCUGA